AUGAAGCUCACCCUGUUCCUCUUUGCUCUUCCUGCUCUGGGAAACCCUCUCCAGAACAUGUUCGAGAAGCGUGCCGCUUGCAACGCUGUAUGCCACAACUGUGCUCGUGCUGUGACUGGCACCGCAGCUGGUCUCUCUGUUUCCCAAUCUAGAGUCAAUACCGACUGCUCUAGCUUCCAGCAAGAGACUGUUUACCCUUCCGCUACUACCAUCACCAUCACCUCCGGCAGCGAGUUCACCACAAUUCAACCAGAUCUUGCUGGAAUCACUAUUGUUCCUUCCAGUCUGCCCAGCUAUGUCAGCAAGGCCUGCACACCUUCCAUGGCUGCUUCUGCCCGUUUCGCGUCCGCCUGCUCUUGCGCUGGAGUCACCGUCAGCACCACCAUCGCUCCAACUCCGACCGCGACAAACGUUGUCCCCGCCAUUUGUGGCCGUGGCUACUUCACAGGUCAAGCUUGCCAGCCUCAACAAUAUUCCAUUGGUUCCACUGAUGCUGCCGGAUGCACCAGACGCUGUGAAGACGUUUCUAACUUCGGUUUCGGAUGCUUCCGUGGUGAAGUAGUGGACGGCCAGUGCAUCCUCAACAUCCGUUGUUGUACUCAGUAG